AUGGGUUCGAAGACGCGGCUGGUCCCGGCCCCGAGCUACCGGCCCGUGGAGGCGAGCUGGGAAGCCGCCGGGGACUCCCCGGGGCCCCGCUGCUCCCACACGCUCACCGCCGUGCCCGCCACCGGCUCCCACGGCCCCCGCCUCAUCCUCUUCGGCGGCACCACCGCCAUCGAGGGCUCCCCUCCGGCCCCCGGCAUCAGGUUGGCGGGAGUGACGAAUUCGGUUCAUUCUUUUGAUGUUCAGACCAGGAAGUGGACCAGGAUUCAACCGGCCGGAGAGCCGCCGUCGCCUCGGGCUGCGCAUGCUGCAGCAGCUGUCGGCACCAUGGUGGUUUUCCAGGGUGGCAUAGGACCUGCGGGACACUCCUCUGAUGAUCUUUAUGUACUUGACUUGACAAACGACAAGUUCAAAUGGCACAGAGUGGUGGUGCAAGGGCCUGGUCCAGGGCCUCGUUAUGGGCAUGCCAUGGACUUAGUAGCGCAUCGAUAUCUAGUUAUAGUGAGCGGAUAUGAUGGAAAGAGGUGUCUGUCUGAUGACUGGGCUCUGGACACUGCACAGAAACCCUACAGAUGGCAUAGGCUUGAACCUGAAGGAGACAAACCCUCUGCUAGAGUAUAUGCUACCGCUAGUUCGCGAUCAGAUGGCUUGCUCUUGCUUUGUGGUGGAAGAGACUCUUCUGGAAUGCCACAAUCAGAUGCUUAUGGCCUUCUUAUGCAUACAAGCGGCCGGUGGGAGUGGACUCAGGCUCCUGGUGUGUCUCCUUCUCCAAGAUACCAACAUUCUGCGGCCUUCAUUGGUGCACGAUUGCAUGUAACUGGAGGUGCUCUUAGGGGAGGACGAACAGUCGAAGGUGAAGGUGCUAUUGUAGUUCUGGACACUGCUGCUGGGGUGUGGUUGGAUAGGAAUGGUAUUGUUACCUUGUCAAGAAUGCGAAGGUCUUCAAAUGAUUCAGAUACAUCUUUGGGGCGUUUGAGCUGUUGCCGACAUGCAUCUGCUUCCACUGGGUUUCAAAUAUAUGUCUAUGGCGGUCUCAGGGGAGACAUGUUGCUUGAUGAUUUUAUCAUGGCAGAAGACACAUAUUUUCAGUCUCCAUUCAGUUCUAUAUCUAUGGAAAACCAAAAUCUUAAUCAGUACACAGGUUCGGAGUACGCACCUAUGUUACCAUCUUCAAAUAAAAGACAAGAGGCAGCCUGUUAUUCUAGUCUGAGCAUGGACCAGAAAUCAGCAGAAAAGCUAGCAGAGGCUUCUGCUGCUGAAGCUGAGGCUGUUACUGCUAUGUGGCAGGCUGCGAAGGAAGCAUCUGCAGUCCACACUGAAGGUGUUUUAAGUGAAAAUAACUCUGUUUCUAAAGUUAAUGACAAGAUAUCAAUUUCUGAAUCCUCAGAUUGUAGUUCCACUGAUGGCCUUGAACCGGAUGUGCAUCUUCACCCUCGAGCAGUGGUAGUUGCUAAAGAGGCUGUUGGUGAUCUAGGUGGGCUGGUAAGGCAGCUUUCUUUGGAACACUUUGAAAAUGAGGGUCGAAGAAUGUACCCUUCAAAUAGUGACCCAGUAUAUCCUACAAAGUUCCUGAAUAGACAGAAGUCUCCACAAGGCCUACAUAAAAAGAUUAUCUCCUUGCUUCUCAGGCCAAGAAACUGGAAAGCUCCUGUUAAUAGAAGCUUUUUCCUUGACUAUUCUGAUGUUAACGAACUUUGCCAUGCUGCUGAGCAGAUAUUUAAGCAGGAACCCACUGUCCUGCAGUUGAAGGCUCCAGUUAAAGUAUUUGGUGAUCUUCAUGGGCAAUUUGGUGACCUUAUGCGUCUAUUUGAUGAGUAUGGGUUCCCUUCAACUGCUGGAGACAUAACGUAUAUUGACUAUUUGUUUUUGGGAGAUUAUGUUGACCGAGGGCAACAUAGCUUGGAAACUAUAUCUUUGCUUCUUGCUCUUAAGAUCGAGUAUCCAGAGAAUAUUCACUUGAUCCGGGGAAAUCAUGAGGCUGCUGACAUUAAUGCACUUUUUGGUUUUCGUAUGGAAUGCAUUGAGAGAAUGGGGGAAAGUGAUGGGAUAUGGGCAUGGACACGGUUCAAUCAACUUUUCAACUUCCUCCCACUUGCUGCUCUUAUAGAAAAGAAAAUUGUCUGCAUGCAUGGUGGCAUUGGGAGGUCCAUAAAUUCAGUUGAACAAAUUGGGAAACUGGAAAGGCCAAUAACAAUGGAUGCCGGAUCUAUCAUUCUAAUGGACCUUCUAUGGUCGGAUCCCACUGAGAAUGACAGCAUAGAGGGAUUAAGACCAAAUGCAAGAGGACCUGGUCUAGUUGCUUUUGGGCCUGACAGAGUUGCUGAUUUCUGUACGAAGAACCAACUGCAACUCAUUAUAAGGGCUCAUGAAUGUGUGAUGGAUGGUUUUGAACGUUUUGCUCAGGGGCAGCUGAUCACUGUCUUUUCAGCAACUAACUAUUGUGGGACGGCAAACAAUGCUGGAGCAAUACUUGUGGUCGGUAGGGGGUUGGUGGUUGUUCCAAAAUUGAUUCAUCCACUUCCACCUCCUCAGCAAUCACCUGAGUCAUCACCAGAGCAUGUUUUAGAAGAUACAUGGAUGCAGGAGCUUAACAUUCAAAGACCGCCAACUCCAACUCGAGGCAGGCCACAAUCUGCCAAUGACCGGAAUUCACUUGCUUAUAUAUGAACAGUAGCCUGUGGAUCAUAAUUCACAAGAGAAUUAGCUGUUUCUGCACCAGUGGACCCCAGCGAAUUGUGUCCCCUCUCUUGUGUUAUUUUGGAGCCAAGUUCAUUGACAUGAGUAAUAUAUCCAUCAGACUGUAUAUCCUUAUGUCUGGCUCUCCACUAACAAAGUAGCAAAGUGACAUUUGCAUAUCCAAAUAUAUCUGUCGUAAUUUAUUGAGUUCACCAUAUUGCGAAAUCUGUAGAGUAGAUAUGGGGUUUAUUUUUUUUAAAAAUUCCAGUGUAAAUGACAAACCUGCCUAUAAAAACUCAUAUUAGUGCUCUUCAUCCUUAACACUGCACAUAUUGCUCUUUUCUUGGAUGCAAUAUUAAUUGAAGUUAUUUAGUCUA